AUGGUGGGAGUGGGAGACAACUUUCGACCUCCCACUCCUGCCGUUUUGUGGCGUGCUUUGUGGCCACGCUUUGGGCCCCGCGGAGGCUACAGUCCACCCUUGGGGUUCGGCCCCUGUGGGCGCCGAAUGGUGCCACUCGCGGGUGCCAAUCUGGGCACCUGCGGGUGGCACCAAUUGGUGGCUACGAGGGACAAGAAUGGCGGGAGUGGAGGCUAUAUUCUCCCCCAGGAAUACGGUGGAGUACGGCAGGGCAUAUGGUACGCACGAUACCGUAUAUGCGCCCGCCCAAAACCCCGCGCGUCUGACGGCGGGCGAACGACAAGGCCGCCCCCCCCCCUUUCUGUUGCCAGAAUUGAAUCCCGCCCCCUUUCGCGCUCGUUCCUAGUGCCCCCUCGCACCGGCCGCCCGCGCAGCUCCCCUGCCGCGGUCACCCGCCCACGCGGUCCGCGACGAACCCCCUCGGCGCACCUCUCGCAGAUCGCCAUCACCCCGCCGCCACGCGCCGGCAUGGCCGCCGCGCCAUCGGAUCCGCCCUUCAGGGGCGGCACAGUCCUCUUCUGCGGGGGCACCGACUUCUCGCAGUUGGGGCGCACGAGGAAGAGGAACAUGUCCGAGGUGGAGAAGCAGGAGCUGCUGGAUCGGACGGAGCGGUACCCAAACCUGCCGGAACCGCAUCGCAUCAAGGCCCUGAUGGGUGUCAAGAUUCGCUUUGUGGCGUCUGGCUGUGCGUCAGUCCACUGCAUCGCUGGUGACAUGGACGGCAGGUUGUUCACCUGGGGAAGAAAUGAGAAAGGCCAACUGGGCCAUGGAGACACACACCAAAGGAAUGUCCCAACGCUGGUUGAGGCCCUUCGCAACAAGAACGUCGUCACAGCGGCUGGGGGCCGCCACCACACAGUUGUGGUCAUCGACGACGGCACCUCACAGGCAUUCGGCUCGAAUCUUCAGGGCCAGUGCGGAACAGGCGUUGUGAAAAGCAAGGACAAGUAUGAAGAGCUGCUGCUGUCUCCAGCUCCUGCACUGGUGUCUGACUGCACGGCCGUCAGCUGUGGCAUCGAAUUUACUAUGUGGCUGUGCGAUGGCAAGCUGUUCGCAGCAGGAAUGCCCCAGUACGGCCAGCUGGGGGAUGGCACAGACCACGAGUACAAUGCGAAGGAGUCGUCUGUCAAGCUGGUAUAUGCCCCCCAGCCGACUCCCAUCCUUCUGCAGAACAUUCUUGCAGACCGCAAGAUCGUGGCUGUGGCGUGUGGGCACAAUCACACACUUGCUGUGGACAGUGAAGGCAUCGCCUGCUCAUGGGGAUUUGGGGGGUAUGGUCGCUUGGGUCACAAGGUGCAGCAGGAUGAGUUUAGGCCCAGGCCGCUGGAGGGCUUUUUGGGGAGAGUCCGUGUGGACACUGACAACCUAGUGCUGUCAGCGGGCGGUACAUCCUCCUUCUUGACUGCAGCAGGUGGCCAGUUGUAUGCUUGGGGCAAGCUCAAGUCCAACGGGGAUAGCUUGAUGUACCCUCAACCAUACAUGGAGCUCUCAGGAUGGAAGAUACGGAACAUGUCGUGCGGUCCAGGAACUUUUGCCGUUGCUUCUGAGAAAUCGGUAAUCACAUGGGGACAUGCUGCCAAUGGGGAGCUUGGCUAUGGGCCCUUGGGCAAGAAAUCGUCAGCAAACCCUGAGAAGUGCGAUGCCCUUGAAGGACUGUACACGCACCAAGUAGCAUGCGGGGCUGGCUUCACGCUGUUCCUGACUGACCUCGAUUAUGAAACUGCCGAGAAGUUUUCUGUUUGGGACUGCAUGGAGGAGGAGCAAGAAGAGAAAGCCCCAGCAAAACGCGGGGGCGCAGCUGGAAAGAAGCAGACCGCUAGCAGCUCGAAACGCAAGACAUCAGGGGUGGCAGCCAAGGGAAAAGCAAAGAAAAGGAAGUGA